GGGAGAAGUAAGGGGGGAAGGGAGCCUGAUAAUGGCGGCCAGGAGGAGAGAGCGCCGCGGCGGCUCUGAGAUACCUUGAAGAUGGUGAGUAGCCAGCCCAAGUACGAUCUAAUACGGGAGGUGGGUCGUGGCAGCUACGGUGUGGUGUAUGAAGCUGUGGUGAGGAAAACCUCUGCACGUGUUGCAGUUAAGAAGAUUCGGUGCCAUGCUCCAGAGAAUGUGGAACUAGCCUUACGUGAAUUUUGGGCACUUAGCAGCAUCAAGAGCCAACAUCCAAACGUUAUUCAUCUGGAGGAAUGCAUCUUACAAAAAGAUGGCAUGGUGCAGAAGAUGUCCCAUGGUUCUAGCUCCUCUCUUUAUUUACAGCUUGUAGAGACCUCCUUGAAAGGUGAAAUUGCCUUUGAUCCCAGAAGCGCCUACUAUCUUUGGUUUGUGAUGGAUUUCUGUGAUGGAGGUGACAUGAAUGAAUAUCUCCUAUCCCGAAAGCCCAGCCGUAAGACCAACACCAGCUUUAUGCUUCAGCUCAGCAGUGCCCUGGCUUUCUUGCACAAGAAUCAGAUCAUUCACCGUGACCUCAAGCCUGAUAACAUAUUGAUUUCUCAAAGCAGGAUGGAUGCUAGUGACUUAGAACCCACUUUGAAAGUAGCUGAUUUUGGGCUGAGUAAGGUUUGCUCGGCUUCAGGACAAAACCCCGAAGAGCCUGUGAACGUAAAUAAAUGUUUUCUUUCUACUGCUUGUGGCACAGACUUCUACAUGGCUCCUGAAGUUUGGGAAGGUCACUACACUGCCAAAGCAGACAUCUUUGCAUUGGGAAUUAUUAUCUGGGCAAUGUUGGAAAGGAUCACUUUCAUAGACACAGAGACAAAGAAAGAACUGUUGGGGAGCUAUGUUAAGCAAGGGACUGAAAUUGUGCCUGUUGGUGAGGCAUUGCUGGAAAAUCCGAAAAUGGAACUACUCAUUCCUGUUAAAAAAAAGACAAUGAAUGCUCGUAUGAAACAGCUGAUUAAGGAAAUGCUUGCUGCUAACCCACAAGACCGCCCAGAUGCUUUUGAAUUAGAACUCCGGUUAGUCAAAAUUGCUUUUAAAGACAGCAGCUGGGACACGUGACCUCUGGAGGACUUUUCCCUUGUAGUAGAAUUGUGUCUGUAACAAUGGUGCAACAUUUUGUGGAAGCAAAAACCAGACUAACCCAAAUUCAAGGUGUCAGGGUUCAGUGUCUUUUUCCAUUGCAUUUCUCUAGAUUUUUGUAAACUACGCUGAAGAUGGCCAUUCUUUCAGUACCCAUAUGUGUAUAUUUCCAAGCUACAGCUGUAACGCUAUCCACCUGGCCAGGAAAAUUGACAAGUUAGGUGAUUGCUUUCUAGGAAUACAUUAUGGAAUUUCAAACAUUCCAGUUUCCUAUUGCAGAAUUUGGAAUGCCCAUGGAACAGAAGAUUUGCAUGCUGGUAAUGCAAAUCAUUCUACUUUGUAGAGUAAACAUGUAUAUAUUUAUGUCAGUAUGGGUGACUUGACUCCCCUCCCCCACUUUCCAUAUGGACAAAAUAUCCCCAUUAUUUAUAGUGUCUCUCAUAGGUUUGGAUGACAAUGGCUCAUCCAUGUAUUCCCCAGCAUAUAAUCAUUCUCCACUUUUUUUUCCUUAAAGAAAAAAGGUGAUGGCACAAAAUGUGAUGAUGCAAAGGGAACCUGUGAUUCAAGCACUGAGCUACUUUGGGAAAAUCCCUUAGAUUGGAUGACUGCAAUAAAUAGUCUGAUGGCACAUUCCAGCACUCAUGUGCCAGCACCUUGGUCAGGUCAUUAAACAUUCAGCUUCAUUUUUCUAGGACAAUGGAGUGUGCAUUUGAUAGACCAGUCACUUGCUAACCAUUUUUGCAUUUCAUACUGCAUUUGAUAUCCAUUGUUACCUUUAAUGCUUACUUAAUUAACUUCAUGUUUUUGAAAAGUAAAUCAUAGGGGAGAAAAAAAUCCCUGCCUGGUUCUGCUGAAAACUUUAUUGUCCAGAACUUGUGUUGGCCUGGUAUGGAGGAUAGUCAUAUUAAUUACUGCCCUCAUUUUUAGUAGAGGUUCUUCAAGUCACUUGUUUGUGGUGAUCUUGAGGAUGAGAUACUUGUCUUGUUUGCUUGCUUGCAGGGAAAGGGGUCUGAAAGUUUUGUGAUUCAUCCAACUAUUCAGAUUCUUUUUGUGUUCAAAAAUACUGCUAAUUUGGGGAUAGGGUUUCCUCUGCAGAAAGGAAUAGGCUUUUUCUUUUGAUCUGGUUUGUUCAUAAAUUUUGGUUUGCAGAUGGAGAACGCUCAGCACAAUCCUGCUUACACAAUGUUCAGAGAACAGGAUGCAGAAGGGACUCAUCCAGAGGACAAUAUAGCCCUCUCCUCUCCUACAUGCCAGCUUAGUCCCCAUCACUACUGUUUUCCAUGUGCACUAGAUCAUGGCUAGUUCAUUUACUCCUGAAAUGAGGCCUUCCUUUUCCAACCCUUAUCCUGAACCAUUCAGUAAUCUGCUUUUCCUUUCCAAUCUGCUGGUGUGCAGGCUAAUACCACUUUGCACCUUGCUCUCCAUGCACAGGGUGAAAAUGGAUCCACACUUUAUUUUGCUUUAAUAUAUUGGGCUUGAUAACAGAUAGGAAUUAAAACUGAUUCAAGAGUAAAUAGAGAAUUUCCAUAGGGAAAGUGGAAGAAUGUGUACAUGUUCAUUUAGUCAUUGAAAACAGCUUUGUUUGGGUUGAUAUUGUUCUAAUGCCAUCAGCUACAGUCUAGUACACAGCAAAUGAAUUGACCUUUGUUUUCUCAUAAAACACACGUGUCGGUUUAUUCCUAAGUUAGUAUGCCCAUGCUAAGCAAGAUACCUUUCAAAUUAAAAUACAUCCCUGGAUUGAAAAAUGGAUAUCCCUUUGCUUAAAAUCCAGUUAUCAGUCAUGCAGUUCUGUCUUAUAAAUGUUAGUGUGGAAGCAAGUCUCAUGGUGUUCAGUGGGACUUAACUUCUAGGUAAGUGAACCUAGGAGUACAGUCGUAACUAUAUAUAAAGCCUCUGGAAAAUUUUCAAGUUGAAAAUCUUGUCUAAAGUAAUAUUUGAGGAAAUGUCACAAAAGCAACUUGAGAUUUCACUGAGGUGCACUUGGGGAAAAUUCCAGUUGGUGUCUAUUGCAUAUCUCUGUCUGUCUGGCUUCCAGUAUGAUGCUAUAUUGUGUAAGCUGAGGAUCUAAUUAAUGUCUGUCCUCUGGCUGCAAAGGAUAGCUUAACUUUCUGUGCAGUUGCAGUGUAAAUGAUAAGUCUCUUUACUCUUUAAAGCACCACCUGUGCCUUUAGAGACAAGAUUAUAUGGCAGGUAGGAAGGCAGUCCUAGGGAUCUUGUAUAGUGCUGCUCUGCCACCCAUCAGCAGCACACUUUCUAACAUGUGUUUCAAACAAAAGAGCACGGACAUGAGCUACAGGGGCUUGGCAGUCUAUGAGAACUAGAAAAAGCAUGAACUCACUCAUCUGUGUCCUAAGUAGUCUGAUUACUGUGUACAAAUUUUUGGCACUUGCAGUUAUUGGCAUAUCCAGAGUUUGGAUACAUUAUUGCAUGUGCUUCUUAAAUGGGAAAACUACAAAUAGAGCAAAUUUAUAUAUAUGCAUUUACACACACCACAUUGUAAAACAAUGCCCAAAGUGCACUGGUUUCUUGUUGGGGAGGCUUCCCCAGGUGACCUCCAUGGUGCUUAGCCCAUUGGCAUUGAAUGCUAACUUGAUUGUUCCAUUAAUUAUCCACUGAAUAAUUGUCCCUGAAAUUUGUGUGUGUGUGUGUGUGUGUGACUUUUGUUGUUGCUUGUGUUUGGCUUUGGGUUCCUGUAAAAUCUCUGAAAUCAAAACUAUUGUAGCAGCUACAAAACAAUCCACCAGCGUAACACAGAAGUUGAGAUACUCAUCAGCACUUAACAGAAAGAAAGCAAAUUUUCAAAGCUUUUCCUUAUAAAUUGCAAAAUCUAUUUUGUGAAGAAUUUAUUAAAAAGGAUGGGGGGAAUGAUUGUGUAAUUUAUUGAGUUCAUGACUUUUUUAAAAAAUAAAGUCUGAAUUGAAAGAGUCCUUGAA